AUGGGAGGCAGUAUGAUGUCCGAAGUGUAUGAAAACAGUAUCGAUGCCGGGAUGUCUUCUCUUGCAAUUACCAACACAAGUCCCCACCACAAUGCACCGAUUAUAUCUUCCUACAAUGACCACAUCAGGCCGUUGCUUGACACUCCUCUUGAUCUGACAAUGGUUGAUCUCCCUGGGAUAACGCGGAACCCUGUCAAAGAUCAACCUGCUGACAUAUACCAACAAGUAUCCGCGAUGAUAAAGAAACACAUCGAGCGACAGGAAUCAAUCAUUCUCAACGUUCUGGCAGCUACACGUGACUUCUCGACCUGUGAGUCCAUACGCAUGUCUAAGCAAGUUGACAAGAAAGGGAAAAGGACUCUUGCCGUUGUAACAAAAGCCGACAUGCAACCUCAAGGUCUCCUUGAGAAAGUCACGGCAGACGACGUGAACAUCGGACGUGGUUACGUCUGCGUCAGGAAUCGUGUAGGCGAUGAGACGUAUCAAGAAGCUAGAGAGAAAGAAGAGGAGAUUUAA